GAAAAGCGGGGCGAUCCCGUUUCCUCUUACGUCGACACGGCUUUGAAAAGCCGUCGGAAGCAGCAAUGGAGACGGUGUCCAAGCCAAAGCCUCCCUUCGCACUUCUUUAGGCCUUCGAAGAUUUUCAGAUAUGCAACGUUUUCUCCGCCAAGCUGUCACACUCUCAGACAAAACCCGCCGUAUCUUCCCCUCUUACUCUCUCCCCAAGCCUUUACCUCCCCACACUUCUGCUUCUUCUCUAAAUCCUCCUCUCCACCCUUUUCAUCCAUGGGGCUCCGAGCAUACUGUUUCUGGGAUCUUUCUCGGGUUCCACUCUGGUCCAGUGUUCGCUCGUCACUUCAUGUUCAAUUCGUCCAACUCUGUCCUCAGGAUUUCUAGCGGAAGGGCCGGAGGUUUUAGGCCGCAGCUUCUGAGAGCUCAGUUUCAUGGCAAGGGCUCUGAUGUCAAUCGUAGCUUUCCUUACAACAACGGUGGACGGAGAUCAUGGUUCAAAGGAUUAACCGCUAAAGACCUGGUUUCGGGCUUGAUUACAGCUAACGUUGUUGUCUUUUUAUCAUGGAAGAUAGCAAGUGAAAAUUUUAUGUCAGAAAACUUUACAAUCUCGUUGCACAAUCUUAAUUGCGGACGCAUGCACACAUUGAUAACCAAUGCAUUUAGCCACAUUGACGUUUGGCAUAUCAUUCAGAACAUGAUGGCACUCUACUGCUUUGGGACUGGUAUUGGAAGAACUUUGGGACCCGAAUACUUGCUGAAGUUGUAUCUUGCUGGGGCAGUUGGGGGUUCAGUUUUUUACUUGGCCCAUCAGGCCCACAAGGCAUUAACAUCAGAGGGUUGGAGGCGUGUGGAGGUUUCAAAACAUCAAGCAUUGGGUGCUAGUGGAGCUGUGAAUGCAAUUACGCUGCUAUAUAUAUUCCUCUUUCCGAGAGCAACCAUUGUCUUAAACUUUAUGAUGCCAGUUCGAGCUAUGUUUGUGGGCAUGUUUUUUAUUGCGAGUGAUGUGCAGAGAACGAUAAAGGGAGACAGUCAUAUAUCAGGUUCUGCACAUUUGGGGGGUGCUGCCGUUGCAGCCAUUGCUUGGGCCCGAAUUCGGAGAGGAAGAUUAUAAUUUACUUCCAUGAUUGCAAACCUCAAUUUUCAUUGAUGCAAUGUAUUAGUUUACGCCCCCCCCCCCCAACAACCCCAAAACAAAACAAA